UCGCACGGGCUCGAUUUUCACGCGCUCUUUAAACGUUUAAACGGUGUUUCGCGCUGAGCUUGAAGCAACGGACGCCACGUGGCGCCAGCUGUCCGUCGUCAUGAACCUCCCAGUGACCUCUUGCGGACUCUUGCGUCGCCAGUGACAGAGCGUACAACAAUGGAAGCGAUCAUACUCACCGUUCUCGCUGCGUCCAGCUUCUCGCUAGUCGCUGCUUCAGAUGCACCGAAGCUCCAGGAAUUAGUUUUUCCAAAGACUACCGCGCUGGGAGAGUCAGUGUCGGUGUCGUGUGCAGCCAGUAAGGGCACCAGGCCCAUGACAUUCGCGUGGCUCAAGGACGGCGUCCCCGUGGUCAGCUCUGCUCGCGUUAUCACCAGCAGCGUUGCCGACAACGUUGCUCUGCUCGUCAUUAACAAAUUGGCGGCUCUCGACGUCGGAAACUACAGCUGCGUCGCUCGCAAUGCUCGGGGAGAAGACAGGGUUACCGCGACGUUGACCGUCAAGGGUAACCGCUAACAGAAAAACGAUUUCCUUAAUGCCGAUGGCGAAGGAAGGAAGGAAGGAAGGGGUCCACGGACACACCGUUCGUGAAACAAUCGUAUUGUGCUCAUACACCAACUCUCUGACCUCACGCCACAGCGGUGGCACUGCGCAUGCGCAGAACUUGGGCUUGUUUUUCGGCAGGGUGUUGGUGCAUAGACCUCAGGGUGCGGUUGUAGUUCGCAUGUGUGUCAGUCGUCACCAAGACCAUUACGAUGUCUGUAGAACCACAGAAGCAUUUUUUGCUUUGUUUUGUUUUGGUCCGAGAUAGAGUUCUGGCUUCAGAUGGCGCCACGGCCGUCCAAGGCUUCAAUUACCACAUCCACCUUAAAAUGCUAUCUUGGUACCUUUAUUGUACUCAACACG